AUGGUUAUUAAAAAGGCCUUUGAAGAUUUUUAUCGAGAACACUUUCUGAUAAUAAGAGAUAGCUUUUAUAGGAAUCAGUAUUUUAGUUUUGGAUUGAUAUUGUUUUAAACCUUUUAGUUAUAGGGGAUAUUUCUCAGUGAAAAUAAUUUUGAACCGUAAAAACAUGAAAAAAAGAGAGGAGUAAUGGAUGCGAUAAUUUGGAUUUUAAAAUCAUCAAAGUAAGCAUUUGAUUAGAAUAUUAGGAUAUAUCCUUUAUUUCAAAAUGAAACAAACCUAAGUCAAAUAUAUUUUAUAGAUGUCUGUUUCUUAAUUAUUCUAAUUGUGAUUUCUCUUUUAAAUUUAAUUGUUGUAUUUAAGAAGAAUAGUUAAUAGAAGUAGACAAAUUAGAAAAUAAAUGGAUUAUUUUCUUUAAAAUUUUCAGAUUUCCCCAUUCAAGUAUAUAGAUUAAUAAGAAUAGUUGUAAACUAAAUAAUAUUUUCAUGUAAAUUUUAUCAAAUUCAUUACUAAUGCAUUGUCGUUCUUUUUGUAAACUUAUAAAUAUGUGCUCCAUUGGAUGACCAUUUAUUGCUCAUUAAAUAUUUUUUACAACUAUAUUGCAGAUGAUCAAUAAGCAAAUCAAAGUAAGAUGAAAUCUUAAAUUAGAUUGGAUUUAUACAUAAGGUAUGAUCGCAUCAAUAUUUGUGUUUUUAUUUUUUCUAAUCCUUGAUAUCUUUAUGAUGUUUCAUUGUUUUGAUUAUAAAUUUAAAAACAAAGACUUUUUGGGAAGAAAAGUAACUGGAUUUAAAUUGUUAUAAAACAUAUACAUUUAUGCAUGUAUACUCAUAAUUAUAUUUACUAAACAACAAUACCCAAAUCUGCAAUUACUAUUAGGACUUUUUUGUAAUUUGUUUUUUUUACUGUUAAGUACUCUAUAAAUUUUAUUUAGAAGACAAUAAAUUAAUGCUUUUUAGUCAUUUAUAUUGGGUCAAUUUAUAUUUAUUUACAUUGGGUAGAUUUGUUACAUUAAUAAUUUAUUCUCAAUAGAUUUCAUUAAUUUAUUGGUUCUCAUCUCAUCUCCUAUUGUAUUUGCAGUCUAAAUAAUCAUCAGACGAGAAUAGUUUAAGUAUCAUUUUGCAGUAAGUUUAAAGGAUCCGAGGAACUUGGAAGAAAAAUUAAGAAUAAUGUAUGAUCUGAUUAAAAUGACUUAUUAUAAGGAUUGGAGAACUUUUAAGAAACCAAUUAUUAGAACUCACAUUUCCCUUUAAUUACACAAUGUUGCAGCUAAUCAUUUAAGAAAUUGUUCAGGCUAUUUGGUAGAUGAUGGUUAACCUUUACAAUACAAUCUUUCUAGAUAAUGUUUUUGUAAACAAUACUUUUAGUAUAAUGAAUAAAAAUCUCUUACAUUUUGGAAAAGAGAUUUAGAUCAUGAAACAGAAAAGAAAUUCUUUGCUUUUAAAAGUGAGAAACAAUUUAAAUAAUUUCUGUUCGAUUUAAUUCGAUACUAUUUUGAGAGGUUUCUGUAAAAUAAAUCAAUUACGGAGAAUAAUGAAUAGUUUUCUUAUAUCUAUUUCCUAUUUUAAAUACAAAAGAAACCUACUAAAGCAUUUUAUGAAGCAAUGAACUUAAAAUUUAAAGUUAAGAAGCUGAACUAAAAGAGAACCAUGAUAAUUGAAUAAUUGAUUUAAGAUGCUAAACAUAACUUUAAUCAGAUGAUAGAAAAAAAAGAUCUUAAAAAUCAGAAGUACAACUUUAAAUAAGUUUUUGAUUUUGAUUCAAAUCUUGACACUUCUAAAUAAAAUUUCUAGAUCAUCCUUACAAAUUAUAAGAAAUGGUAUUAUUAACUAUUGAAUUAAUAAUUACAAUUACAAUCAAUCAUCAAGAAAGGUACUGAAUUAUAAUUACAGAUUCAAGUCUUAGAAAAGUAAUUAUUCUAAUUAUAUUAACUAAAUCCAGUUUCAACUGAAUUAGACACCAUCAUCUAUUUGUUUUAUAAAUACUUAAAUUUCAACAUAAAGAGACCUAAAACAACUAAAAGAAAUUCUCCAUAUGCUAACUAAUUUGUCUAGUCUAUUAAUUAAUAAGUAUUUCAAAGGGAUUCAUGCAUUAUUUAUAUUUCAUUAAUGAAUCAAAGAGGUUCAAUACAAAAUUAUACAAAAUCCUUCAAAUCUCUCAUUUUGGGGAAUGAUUAAGAUAUCAAAUAUUAGAAUAUUAAACACUUCAUGCCUGAUUCUAUUGCCUAGUAUCAUGAUAUGUACUUAGACAAUUUUAUUGAAUUUGGCAGAAUGAACAUCGUGAUGGCUGAAUAAAGAUUCUUAAUAUUAAAAAACAAGGAGUCAUUCAUCAUUCCAGUCUAUGCCAAGGUGAGAUUGGAAAAUUACUCUAAUAGCGACUUUGGAUCUUCUGCAUUAAUCACAUAAAUAAAUUAAUAGAAUUAUUAUAUAGUCAUAAGCAAAUUUGGGAUUUUAGAAGAGAUAUCAUAGAAUUUUUAUGAAGAUAUUAUCAAGAAAACUUUCAACUGUCCUCCGAAUUAAUUGAAGAAUCUGAAUUUCCUUCGAAUUAUGCCAUGUUUAUUAAGAGAUCUCUAGAAACUUGAAUAAACUUACAAAAAUAAUACUGAUAUUGAUUUUGAAUUCUAAUAGUAAAGCAAAGACAAAAUAAACUAUGACAUUUUGAAGGAAGGACAUAUUCUAAUACCCAGAUAAUUUAAUCUAAAUGAAUAUAUACAAUUACUAAGGACUAGCAUGACUGGUGAUAUUCAAACAUACUUUUUAUCUGAAUAAUAGAAAAGUCAUCUUUACUAUUAGAAUGUUUAACAUUAUUUUAUCUUUUAUGUAAAAUACAAAAUAAGAUUAAUGAAGACUAUAAAUUCAUUGCAUAUAAUCUUGGAUAUCUAGAAUCUUAAAAUGGUAAAAUCGGAACAACAAUAAAAGGUGCUGAAAGUGGUUUAGAAUCUUUGUCAUUUUGAGGGUUAACAUAUAACUAUUCUGCAAUAAACUCCAAAGAUUAAUUAUAUCCAUUAGGAUUCUGAAUACAAGGAGAACUUAUAUAAAGAGAAUUUUGAUUUGUUUAGGAAGUCUCAAUCAUCUGAAUUUUUAGAAAAGAAAUACUAAGAUGUGGAGUCAAAUUUGAUAGUAGAAGAUGAUGUGAUGAUCAGUUAAAAAUAAAGGAAUAUUGAGGAAUAUAAUCCUUUUUCUAAAAGAGAAUAAAUAUCUUUAACUCUGGAUUCAAAAUCCAAAGAAAAUCAAUAAUUAUUGUAGAUGGAAUUUGACAAUUCAAAAUAGUAUUAAAGAUAAAAUAGUUUCUAAUUGAUAUCAAAGAAUCAGAUAGAAGACAUGGAUCUUUCUAAUAAAAAUUCUAAGGAUUCAAUUGAUUCAAGUUCUGAUCACAAAAGCAAUAAUAAAAUCGCUAUUCAUUAGAAUGAUGGAGGUAGUUCAAUUGGUAGUUCUUAAUAAUAAUCAGAUUAUCUAAGCAAGAGAAGAAUGAUUAAGGAUGUCUUGUACUCAGAUCAUCAAUUCUAAAAUAAUACAACCAAAAAAGGAAUGUUAAUCUUUGGAUUACUGUUAUUAAUUAUUUUAUAUGUUCUCAAUCUUGUGUUCAUAAUUAUCUCUAGAGAUGUAUUUUAUAGCAUUUAAAUUAGAAAUUAGUAUUAAUCGAAACAAAUAAGCAUGUCUCCAAAAACAUUGAGUGUUCUUUUAAUCUUUUCAUACUAACCAAUCAAUAUAAGCAAAUAUUGAGUUAGAAUCAAAUAACUUUGGCAUGGUAUGAUUAGAUACAAAAUGUCUCAAUCAAUUAUUACAAGUAGUAUAUACAAGUAAUUUUGAAUGAAUAAAAUAACAUAAUAGAACAAUCAAGCUUUAAUUAAUAAUGUAUAUAUUGUAUAUAUUUAAGAAAACAUCAUUUUUACGCAAAACAAUCAAACCCUAUUAUUAGAUUAAUUGUUCAUAUUUAAAUUAGUUGGUUAAUAAAUGAUUGAUUAUAUAAAAAACGAUGAAUUAGAUGACAAUAAUAGCAUAAAAUUCAUAAUUGAUAACUAUUUAGUAAUUAUUAAUGAUAUGCUAUCUGAAUUUAAUUCAUCAAUUACUACUAACAUUAAUGAAUAAAUUGAUUUUAUUUAAACCUAGCAUUAAUUAACAAUAAUUUUAUCAGAAGUAACACUAAGUUUAUUAGUAAUCAUAUUAUUACCUGUAUUUUUGGUGAUAAAUAAGUAAAAGAAUACUAUCUUAUAAUUCUUUACAACAUUCCCAUAAUCAGAACUAUAACAAUAGUUUGAUGUUUAUCAAAUUUUAUUGGAGAAAUUGGAAGAAACUAAAUUUGCUCAAUAAGAAACUAAUCAAUAUGACAUUGAAAGUGUUCACAUUAAAAAGUUUGCCAAAACUAUUCGAGGGAUAAAGGACUCCAAUCAUAAAAAAUAAUAAAAUGGAAAAUUGAAGACCAUAAUUGGAUCUAGUAAAAUUAUUAUUCUAUUUAGAUGCCACUCCCUUAAUAAUCUUCAGUAUCUUAUUAGUAUUACUUUUAUUUUCUAUUGUAUCAGCUUACUUUAUUACUUCUUAUAUGAUUCAAUUUUAAUUUUUAAAUGAAUAUCAAAGUUACUUUUAAUAAAAUACAAUUUAUAGUACUCUACAAAAUGAAAUAUUAAAAGAGAAUUCCAUCGAAAAUAUUAUCAUAAAUAAUUUGAUUAGUCAAAACACAUUCGAGGUGAAUGAUGCUUCAAGUAAAGUCAUAUCAUAUAAACUAGUCAUAUAAUUGAUUCAGUAUCAGUAGGACAAUUAGAAUUAGGCAUUAAUAUAUUACUCUUAAGAUUUGACAGAUAAACUAAAUAAUGAUGCUCAACUAUUUGAAAUAUUAUCAAAUAACUUUUGUGCUGUUUUUGAUAGUCUAUUAAUAUCGCAUUUGUCCAAUGAGCAAUACUUAGAUUAUUUCUCUUAUGAGAUCUGUGAAUCAUUUGGUAAUUAGUAAUCUGGAGUUAGUGUCACUUUGGCUAAUUUUAUCACUCAAAUGAAUUAAUUUUAUGAGACUCUAUCAAUAUUUUAAAGUAAUUUAUAUUUUUAGUUAAUUAGAAUAACAGUUAGAUCCUUAAGAUUUGGAUAAGGAAGUGAUUUUAUUGAGCAAUAAAGAGUUACAAGAAAUCUUCAUUUAUUUAACAUUUGUGCUUCAAGUAAUAUCUGAUUAUGAAGAUUAUCAAUUAAGAGACAUAAUUGACAAUCAUUUUGUAACUUAAAUAAUCAUAUUUGUGAUUGGGGCAAGCUUUGUUUGUGUUUUUACUUUUAUAACAGAGAAGUGUUUCAAGAAUUUAAUUUCAAAUUAGAUUAAUUAAUCAAAAUUAUUAUUAACAUUAAUUCCAUUUGAAGUAUUAUAAACAAAUGCUUAUGUGAUGACGUAUGUGUUGCAAGAGUCAAAGAAAAUAUAUUUGUGA